AUGAACUCACCAAAGGAUGGACGCUUUGAUCGAGUCAUUGAAAUACCAUACGCGUCUGCAAAGCUGAUACCCAAAGUAUUUUUGUGGUGCCCCAUGAGGCAUAAUGACAUAACUAUUUUUUGUCCUCAUCAUGGUUGUCCUUUGAGAGCCGCAGGGUGGACAGAUAAACUGGAUGAUUCGCGUACAGAUCCGAGAAACCCGCGGCUCAUUUACGACCUAAAUGGAAAUCUUAUCCUCGUCCAGGCAUAUUACGAGUGCAGCCUCUUAUUGUCUGGGAAUGAGAAGCCGCGUCACCGAUACCUCUCAGCCUCUGCUGAGGUAAUGUCACAAUUGCCUCCACACAUCGUAAGAUUAUUCCCCAUUAUUUUGCAGCAGCGGUGUGGAGUUACAUUUCGCUUGUAUGAUUACGUAAUCACAGGCAUAUACCAAGGACAAAAUUUUUUGGAGUUGUCAGAGGGCAUAGCGGCAAUGAAUUAUCGCGCAUUAAUGAGAAACAAUCCUGAAAACCCCAAAUUUGAUAAUGAUGUUUUUUGCGCGUACCCAGGAAAUGAUAAAUUGAUGGAUUUAUUCUUGGAGCAAUUUCAAAUCACGAAGGACCUAUAUGAAAGUGACAUGAAAAAACGAGUGGCAAAAGUUCUAUCUUGUGACCAUACCUUUAAAACCAGCAAACACGUUGGUGUUACUCGAGAGGAUGAUGGUAAAUUUGUAUGCCAAUUUCAAAAUGUCUUUCUUGGGUUAAAUGAGAACGGAGAGGUUUUGACCUGGCGAUUCACCAAAUCGACUGCGUAUUCUGAGAUUGACGAUUUAAUCAAAGAACUAAAAACAAGAUUCGACAGGGAAGGAGUUCCCUUGGAAAUGAUAAUAGUGGACGACUGUUGUCAUGUAAGAAAUCUAUACGAACGCAUCUUUCCAGGAGUAAAAAUUAGAUUGGACUUGUUUCAUGCAUGCUCAAGGAUAGUUCAAACUAUUUCCAAAAAAGACAGUUACGGUAAGCAGUUUUCCUCUGAAUUGUCUCUCAUUUUACGUCGAAAUGGAGACCUUGGUACAGAAAGGACAACGAGUACGCCUGGCUCAGAUGAGAUCGAGGCAAACCUAGAACGGUUAUUGUUUUCUUGGAAGGAUCGUUUGUCUAAGGAAACUCUCCAUCAAUUAGAAUGUCUUCGCAAACACAUACAAAAGGGUUGUCUUUCGGACAUACCUCCUGGGUGUGGAACAGAAAAGAAUGAACGUCUACACAGACAUAUAAAUAGAUCGCUCCUCUGUGGUGUCUCUAAGAUUGGACCAGAACUCGCGAUAGCUGUAAUGAGUUGUGCAUUGUUUGCCUGGAAUUGCAAACGACAAAUAAACAGAUUGACCUCGAGAGCUAAGCCUGUUAUGCCAGUUGAAAUAAUUAGAGAAGGUAACCUUUCAUCGCCACAACAACACAUGAAGCAAUUUGAAAUUUCUCAUGCAGAGGACUUCAUGAGCACACGGAGUAAAGUAAAUUUUCCGGGACUCGUAGAGCGACUUAAAACCCGGAGUAUCGUAGAUUAUAUCAUCCAAAGAGUUCUACAUCUCCAAGAUUUUAUAGACGCCUUUACGGAAAGAUGUAAAAACAAAACGGUAGAUAUCCUGGCUUUCCUUUGGUCCACCAGUUUAAAAACUGAAAAGUUUAUAGAAGUAGAGAAAAAGAUGAAUUCUUUGGAAUUAGACUUAACUGCUCAACACAUGGACAAUUUGAUAAGGAAUCUUUCGGGUUUUAACCUUGAAGUUGACAAGAUCGAAAGAGAUGGGAACUGUUUUUUCAGAGCAGUUGCCUCACAGCUCAAUAGACACCUGAGGGAAUACAAGGAACAAAUCGAAGGGCAUUGCACUUCCCUUGGAUUAGGAAUUAGUGAAGCCUUCGACACACGUAGACUUAGGGAGCUGUUUGUGAAAGAAGUCUCUGAUAACAUUGAAGAGUACAGAGAUUGGAUGACAACUGGCGUUAAUGGGUUAGAGGAAGUUUACAAAUUUAGCCAAGACGGAUUUUUCGCAAAUGAAGUUGGUGAUUUAUGCGCGAGAGCAACAGCUAAAGUCUUGAAAAUUCCAAUUGUGAUUAUUACCGCUCUCCCUUCAACACCUACGGUGCCAUUCCUACCACACGAAUUCCUUACCACCACACCCAUCUACAUUGCAUAUGAUCAUUCUGGGCCAGGCCACUACGAUGCCACAAAAGGUACUCGAUAAUUGUUCAAUAACCUUAGGUUAAAUUAGCAGUUAUAAAUUCUGAUAAUGCUACAUACCUCCUCAUAUAUCGAGGUUUGAACUGAGAAUUUUUCGAGAUCCUCCCGAUGUCUUGGCACCCUUAUAAGGUUGGAGUCUUGUACUAAUACUAAGUUGUAAAUGCUUACGUUAAUAAAACUGAGCCGGAAAUCAUUUAAUGGAGAAAAUGAUGUUUUCUUCAUUUGUGCUGAAACGAAUUCUGUAAAUCGAGGUUAUUUCAAAUAUAAGCAAUAACUAUUUACCGACGUGUCGGUGGCUAAUAGUAGACAUUUAACGAGCCGCGAAGCAGCUUGGCAAAUAUUCACUAAUAGCCACGACACUGAGGCGAAUAGCUGUUUUUAGUACACACUAAAUCAGUGAGAUAAUAUGGCACAAAAAGAUGAUUUUAAUAAUCAAUUUAUUCCUGUACGUGCGGCAGCGUGAAACUCGCGAGUUUCUCGGAGGUAAAUAGCAAAGGAUAUUCAGAGUUUGAGUAGCCAGUCAGAGCACACCUUCAACGCUGUCCACUGCUUUAGUAUAUACUAAUGACCUUUAACUUGUCGAAACCUUGUCGAAAACCAUUGCAUUAAUUCUUGAUAUGGUUUCAUCGUUUCAGAAGUUUCAAGUGAGAAUGACUGUGACGAACAAGCGAAGGAAACAAGAUGCACUUGCGGUAAAAACAAGAAAAAUAAGUCAGUUUCAGACAUUUUUUCUGUGUUUCUGGUAAAUGCCCGUGCCACAAAGUGAACCACUCUUGUACCCGCUCGUGUAGAUGUUACAAUUGCAAAAAUACGUGCAAUUCCAAUGAAGUUGUGAAGGUAACAAAGAGUCUGAAGAGAGGCUGUAGGUGCGGAGUUGGACAAAAGAGCAAAGGGGACGGAGAACCAAAUGCAAGUCACAAGUCGUGUCAAGACAGUCUCCGCAAGUCGAAGUGUCCGUGUGUAGCGGGUGGCAUAGGAUGCACCGAAGUCUGCAGAUGCUUUAAUUGUGGAAACAUUGUUCAAGCUCGAGCUGACCCGGGAAAAUCCCCAAAACGAAAGAAGGAAAUAGGGCGACCGUCUCUCCAUAUAAGAGGAAAAAGGGAUCAAAGUUCAUGA